AUGGUCACUUAUAGGGAGAGAAAUGGUGGCUUGGAAGAAGGAACUCACUUGCCCAAGUUGGGAGCUAAACCCAGAUCUGUUGGAUUCCAGCAAUGGGGUUGGGCCCUGGGCCCUGAGCAUAUCUUCCCCAAUCAGACUGAGGAACCAGAGCCGCCCCAGGGCCCUACAGAAGGCACCGGAGACUGGAGCAGCGAGGAGCCUGAGGAAGAGCAAGAGGAAACCAGGGCAGGUCCAGCUGGCUAUGCCUCCCAGCCCCUGAACCAAGAUCCCGAACCACAGGAGGAGGAGCUGGCACCAGUGGGGGAUGAAGAAGAUGUAGCCGUUGAUAUCCAGGAUUGGAUCCAGGCCCUGGGGCUUCACUUACCAGACCCACCAUUAGAGAGCGAUGAUGAAAAAGAAGAGGGAGGCACAGCAUUGAGCAACCACAGCUCUAUUCCCAUGGACCCAGAAUAUGUACAGCUGGUGGAAAGGCCAAUGGCUGGAGUAAGCCUGCCUGCACCAGGAGUUCCUGCCUGGGGUCGGGAGAUAUCAGGUGCCCAGCGGGAAGACAUGGUACAGAAGGUUCUCCAAGCCCAGUGGGCAUCCCCUGCCUGAAAGUGACCAUCCUGAGAGCUGCCUUACCUGCCAGCAUUCCAGACUGGAAGCAGCCCAGGACUGAUCACAGCCCUGGCUGUAAUGCGCAUCUCCAUCCUCCCCCAUCUCCCUCUCCACAUCAAGGCAAACCAGACUUCUUCUCAGAAAUCCACUUUAUUUAUUCAGUUCCAUACGUAUGGAGACACUGGCCCAAGCCCAGCCCACCAC